CCACCUCUGCCGUCACCGCCUCCUCCGCCGCCCCCGUUCUUUAGUGGAUUCUCGUGCCAGGACGUUGGAUUGGAUGGCAUGAAGGUUGCCUGGCAGCCGAUCACAGGAUCCGACACAUCCAUCACACUCGGAGUCUCGGUCCCGGCGGCGGCUGGCUGGGUGAGCAUGGGUCUUGUUCCCAACGCGAGGUCGAUGGCCAACGGCGACUUUGCGUUUGCGUAUCUGGACGGAACGACGCCGAGAGUGCUUGACACGUACCGCGGAGCUGGAUCGGGCGUGGUCUCGAUCGAUUCCACGAACGACUACACCGGCGUGACGGUUGAAAACUCGGGCGGCCUGCUGCAGGCCAAGUUCACGCGCAAUCUGGUGACCGGCGACGGGCAGGACCGCGACAUUGUGGCGGGCAACAACCUUGUGGCAUGGGCAUUCAACUCGGACACUAAUCCUUCGAAUCCGCCGGCCAACGGCGAUUACCACACGGCGCGCGGUGCGAUGAACAUCGACUUUACGACCUCGACACCGUGCGUGCCGUCACCACCGCCGCCGCCUACCUCGCCGCCGCCGCCACCCACUUCUGGCGGCGGGGCAGGGGCCAUCGACCUCAGCUCUGCAUUUACCUUUUCGGACGGUCCGUUCACGAUGCGAUUCAAGGUCGACACCGUCAACAACCAGGUCUCGUUUGCGCUCUCCAAGUCCGGCUCGGCCGGAUACGUGGCCAUCUGUUUCACCGAGAGCGCCGGAGUCAUGGGCCCGGGCGACUCGUACGUGGCGUUUGCGUCGUCGGCAGCAUCGGGUGGGUACGUGGUCUCGGAUCGGCAGAAUCCCAGCGGCAAGUCGGCGCCGCCGGCGGAUGCCAAGCAGGACGUGCUCGGCGUGAGCGGGUCAGAGACUGGCGGAGUGAUGACGGUCGAGUUUGUGCGGGCGCUCGACACUGGCGACAACGGCGAUGUAGUCAUCAGCGACGCCGACAUCAACAUUGUCUGGGCGAUUUCCGACAGCGCGACGCCAGGCGGCGGAGCCGGGUCGGCGACGUCGGGGGUGAGCAGGCACUCCACGACGUCGACGGCUGCGAUCAAGAUCAACUUUUUCACCGGCAAGGUGUCCAAGGACGACCUUCGCGAGAAGCUCAUCAAGGCGCACGCGUGGAUGAUGAUCAUCUCGUGGGUGGUGCUCAUUCCUGUGGGCAUUGUGGUGGCGCGAUUCCUCAAGGACAAGCUCGGAGUGUGGUGGUUCCGUGUCCACCGGUUCACACAGUGGAUGGCGGUGCUGGCGACGUUUGCGGCGUUUGGGAUGGCGAUCUGGUUCACCAACGAGGACUUUAAGGGCGAGAACAAGAGCCACAAGCUCAUCGGACUUGCUGUCGUGCUUGUAGCGUUCCUGGAGCCUGUUCUCGGCGAGCUCUCGAACCUGAUGUGGUCGCCGGACCGGAGCGGGACGCCGUGGUUCCCGGACAAGAUCCACUGGUGGGUGGGCCGCGGGCUCACGCUCCUUGCGAUGGCCAACUGCUUCUUUGGCAUGCAGGCCAAGGAUUGGCCUUUGUCGACGUAUGUUGCCGUCGGGUUCGGCAUCUUCCUUGUCGUCGUCGUCUACAUUGUCUUUGAGUUUACCGUCGGCGCUGUUCAUCACAACAAGAGCGACGACUACACGAAGGACGCAACAGACAACCUGGUUGCGCUCACUGUGCUGUGAGUGGUCAAAUAUAUACUACAUUGUUCGGGCGCAAGAAUAACAGACUCAUCGGACUUGC